AUGGAAGCGACAGCAGAUCGGAGUUGUCUCCACAGCGUGCAGAUGAUUCUUCCAAAGGAUGAAUCACGGCCCAAAGUGAAAGCGAUCUGUAAUCAGAAUCUCCGCAUCGGCAAAGUUGUCGAUGCAUAUCAGCAAACACUUCGGGAUUUUGAGGUCGCCUUGUGGGAGCUUCAUGACCCUUCAGCCUGGUCGAUUGCUCAGCUCAAGAACCCCAAGCGACUAUCGAUUAGGCUUGAUCAUUAUCAUACCAGAUUCCCAGGUAUUGAGCGGCAGUUCUGGGAAAGCUCCCCUCGUUCCACGGUCUGGAACAAUCUAGCUUCCAAACCUGAAAAGACCGCAUUGGGCUGUCUCCGAAGUCUCUAUCUGGAGCGUGCAGGAAUCACAGACUAUCAACUCGCUACGGCGCUGAAAAGCAACCCCAUGCUGACAGAGCUACGGUUCCGGAAAUGCCUUACUCUGACCGACAGGACUUUCAAACUUUUCGCUGAAAGCAAUGUUGGCCGGCAUAUAGAGACGUUGUGUCUCAUCAAGAGCUACAGAGAUGAAAUUAACGAUAGGCUCUUGGAGCACACUGCGAAGCUAACACACCUAGAAGUAUAA